UGUGUCCUAUUUCUUCUGUUAAUGUUAUGUCUUCAGAAUUUUUCCUUCUUUGGGUAUUCUUGGAAAACCGGAUUUGAUUGGUGGGUAGACCAUUUUUCUUACCAAUGCCAUGGCAGGACACUUUCCCACCCUCCCUUUUGAAUUGACCCAGAGAAAUAGUGCCCUGACUCCUGCCCUAUACCCACAUGUAGGCACUUCUCGUCCCUGUGCCAUGCCCAUGUUGAAGCCACCACCACCUCUGCCCCCAUGUGGAGCACCAAUAGCAGAGGGAGAGACAAGGAGGCCCCCCAGGCUGGACUUGUGGGGAGGGGGGCUGAAGAGAUACUACUGAGUCUGUAAGGUGGCAGGUGAUCUGGCACUUCUGGAAACAGGGCCAUGCUCACCUUCAUGGCCUCUGACAGUGAGGAAGAAGUGUGCAAUGAGCGGACGUCCCUGAUGUCAGCCGAGAGCCCCGUACCUCGCUCCUGCCAGGAAGGCAGGCAGGGCCCGGAGGAUGGAGAGAGUGCUGCCCAGUGGAGAAGCCAGGAUCAUGAGGAGGACCACGAGGAGGACCCUGACCGCUAUGUCUGCAGUGGGGUCCCUGGGCGGCUGCCGGGGCUGGAGGAGGAGCUGACCCUCAAAUAUGGGGCAAAACACGUGAUCAUGCUCUUUGUGCCUGUCACACUGUGUAUGGUCGUGGUGGUGGCCACCAUCAAAUCCGUGCGCUUCUACACGGAGAAGAAUGGACAGCUCAUCUACACGCCAUUCACCGAAGACACGCCCUCGGUGGGCCAGCGCCUCCUCAACUCCGUGCUCAACACCCUCAUCAUGAUCAGUGUCAUCGUGGUCAUGACCAUCUUCCUGGUUGUGCUCUACAAGUAUCGCUGCUACAAGUUCAUCCAUGGCUGGUUGAUCAUGUCCUCUCUGAUGCUGCUGUUUCUCUUCACCUAUAUCUACCUCGGGGAAGUGCUGAAGACCUACAACGUGGCCAUGGACCACCCCACCCUGUUCCUGGUCGUCUGGAACUUCGGGGCGGUGGGCAUGGUGUGCGUCCACUGGAAGGGCCCCCUGCUGCUACAGCAGGCCUACCUCAUCAUGAUCAGCGCGCUCAUGGCCUUGGUGUUCAUCAAGUACCUCCCGGAGUGGUCUGCGUGGGUCAUCCUGGGUGCCAUCUCUGUGUAUGAUCUCGUGGCUGUGCUGUGCCCCAAAGGGCCGCUGAGAAUGCUGGUGGAGACUGCCCAGGAGAGAAAUGAGCCCAUUUUUCCUGCCCUGAUAUACUCAUCUGCCAUGGUGUGGACAGUGGGCAUGGCCAAGCUGGAUCCCUCCUCCCAGGGAGCCCUUCAGCUCCCCUACGACCCAGAGAUGGAAGAAGACUCCUAUGACAGUUUGGGGGAGCCUUCAUACCCUGAAGUCUUUGAGCCCCCCCUACCUGGCUACCCAGGGGAGGAGCUGGAGGAAGAGGAGGAAAGGGGGGUGAAGCUUGGCCUUGGAGACUUCAUCUUCUACAGCGUGCUGGUGGGCAAGGCAGCGGCCACGGGCAGCGGGGACUGGAAUACCACGCUGGCCUGCUUUGUGGCCAUCCUCAUUGGCUUGUGUCUGACCCUCCUGCUGCUUGCCGUGUUCAAGAAAGCGCUGCCCGCCCUUCCCAUCUCCAUCACGUUUGGGCUCAUCUUCUACUUCUCCACAGACAACCUGGUGCGCCCGUUCAUGGACACCUUGGCCUCCCAUCAGCUCUGCAUCUGAAGGAACACACGGCUCGGCUGGGCGCUGUGGGAAAUCGUAACGAUGCAGUCGUAUAGUUGUACACUCUAGUGCCAUAUAUUUUUAAGACUCUUCUUUCCUUAGGAAAAAAUAAAACAAGAAUGGAAAUGUACUGUGUUUACUUCGUGAAGAAGAACCAGCUUUUUGGUGCUAGUUCUGUCACCAGACCGUGGCUCACCCCUUCACGAGGCACUCACUUCACGACUAGAAACACAGGAAGCUGAUCCAGAUGAACGGAGGAAGGGUACGUGAUGGGGGAGGGGCACGGAGAAGGCCACCUGCCACGCCUGCCAGCCUGGACUGUUCUGAGGGCCAAGAUGAAGGAAGGUUGAGUAUGUAUCAGGACCAGGAGUUCAUGCCAGGACAGCACCAAGAACCUGGGCAUUCUGGCCUGAGGAGAAAAGCCGAUUUUCUCUGCAAGGAACGUUCCCAGUGCUUUGUCUAUGAUAUUUUAUUACCUUUAGAAAUCAAGUCCUAAUCUUGUUACAGCAGUUCUGCUGAGAAGUGGCUUAAUAUUAAUAUCAAUAAAAAGAUGACUCCCAAUGGAA